GAUUUUAGGAUUUUAAAUUUCUUGAAUGCUGUAAGAAUCGGUCAGCGUAGAAUAUCAAAAGUUAAAAAUAACAGGCAACUACGAAAUAGUAAAAAAAGCAACCAUCCUAAGAUAGGCAAACCGUAAAUAUUAUGGGUGUCUACAGCGUGUCUAUAGAAGGUUAUGUAUGUUCUCUGUGCAUAACCUCAAAUUUUUCUUGGAUCUGAAACUACAAAAAACGGGGCCAAAAACAGUUUGAAUAGGUAUGAUUAGAAAUGCCUUUAAAACGGUGUUGACCCAGAUCGGAAACAGUAACAGCCGCUUGAGAAAUGUGAUGACCUAGGCUUGAAAUUGUAGGUACUUCUAGCAAGAGUCCAUUUGUUAAAAAGACAAACAUGUUAGAUCUAGAGAUGGAGAGGUUGGUGUGGAUAGAUAUGGAAAUGACUGGAUUGGAUAUUGAUAAUGAUAAAAUUAUGGAGAUAGCCUGUCUUGUCACAGACUCUGAACUCAACAUCAUAGCUGAGAGCGAAAAUAUUAUUAUUCAUCAGCCAAACGAAGUUUUAUUGAAAAUGAAUGAUUGGUGCAUCAAGCAACAUGGAAAGACUGGUCUAACAGAGGCAUGCAGGAAUUCAAAAAUUUCAACUCAAGAAGCAGAGGACAAACUUCUUAAUUUUCUUAAAGAUUUUGUGUCAGAGCAGGCAAGCCCUUUGUGUGGAAACAGUGUUUAUAUGGAUAGGUUUUUUUUAAUAAAGAAUAUGCCUAAAUUAAAUGAAUAUUUGCAUUAUAGAAUUGUGGAUGUCUCAUCAAUUAAAGAAUUAAGUAAGCGAUGGAACAACAGUGUUUAUAAAAAUGCUCCAAAAAAAGAAUUCACCCAUAGAGCAUUAAAUGAUAUUAAGGAAAGUGUAAAUGAAUUAAAAUAUUACAAAGAAAACUUGUUUAAAUGAUAAUGUAUUGUUUGUUACUUAAAUAAAAAACUUUUUAAUGUAAAUUGAGCCUUGACUUGGGCAACAUAUUCUUGAAAUGCAAGGAUGUAUGUGUACACUUAAACAGGAUUAUUUCAGAUGAAGGAUUUUAUAUUAAAUACUACAAAAGAUCUGUAUUUUUGAAAAUUUAUUUUGUUUCAUUACUAUUUUUUAUUAAACCUAAAGUUUUUAAUUCUAA